AUGUCCGUAACAGCCUCGAUUCCCGACACCUCGCUUGGCCUUACCUCCUCCGAGAUCCAGAUCCUCCGACAACAGCAACAGAUUGCGCUUCAGGGUGGCCAUGCCGCCAACGGGGUUUCCAGGGGCAGAGGAACUGGUCGAAGCAGCAAUUCAAGUUCGCGUGCGGCCAGUGCUGCCAGCAGUCAUGGCCGAUUGUUGCUGGACCCGAUGAGUCUGCGAGCGCUAUCCCAUCAGCUGGAUGCGCUACAGGGGCAGAUUCGGAGUCGCAUCGACUAUCUGGAGGAACAAAUGCAGCUCUCUAUUCAAAACACCUACGACCGUGCAGGAAAUGUUAUCCACAAUGCCGAUGCCGAGAUUGCUCGUACGCGUUCGAUUCUAGCCUCAAUUGAUGAGCUGGAAACCGAGAUGGCGAAGAUUGGACAUAUCAGGGAGAUUGUGAAAGCCUACCGCGCCCGAAUUGAAGGGCUUGACCAACGCCUCGAUCAAGCCGCCCGUAGGAGACGAUGA